AUGUCAAUUUAUCAGAGAACAACAAAUUUAUUUAGACAAUAUGCUUGUUACGUUUAUUUACUUUAUGGAGUAGAUCCUUUAACAAAAAUAUUUAAAAAACAUUAUGGGGCAACAUUUCCUGAUUUAAGAACUAUUGUUGCAGAAAGUCCUUUUGUUUUUGUUAAUGUUGAUGAAUUUUUGGAUUUUCCCCGUCCAAUAUUUUCGAAUAUUAUUUAUAUUGGUGGACUUGGAAUGGAGGAAGGGAAAAAUACUAAAAUUAAAGAGAUUGAGGUUUUUAAUAAAGUAAAGUAG